CUCUCCGGGCGCCCUCGCCGGCCGCGGGCGGAGCUCGAUCCGCCGCGCUCGGCGAUCCCCGGCUCCCGCCCCUUCCCCUGUCGCUCCCUCCCCGGAGCCCGGGCGGCCGCGGCCGCCGCCGUUCAGCCCCGCGCGGCGCGAGCAGCUGCAAAGGGGCCCAGGGAUGAGCUGGGGCCCUCCUUCCCAAUGGCAUCUCCCCCUGCUCUUGAACUGAAGACACUGAGUAAUGGCCCCCAGCCCCCAAGGAGACCAGCUCCUCUGGGCCCGGUGGCCCCACCCAGGGAGGGUGUGGAGAAUGCCUGCUUCUCCUCCGAGGAGCAUGAGACCCAUUUCCAGAACCCUGGGGACGCCAGACUGGGCAGCUCCCCCAGCCCCCCCGGGGGUGUUCCCUCACGGCCCCGAUCCCAGAGGGACGAUCUGUCCCUGCGUUCAGAAGAGGGGCCAGGUGUGGAGCCUGUGAGCCGCCCAGUGGAUUAUGGCUUUGUGUCCGCUUUGGUUUUCCUGGUGAGCGGGAUCCUCCUGGUGGUGACAGCGUACGCCAUCCCCCGCGAGGCCCGCGUCAACCCGGACACAGUGACAGCGCGGGAGAUGGAACGGCUGGAGAUGUACUACGCCCGCCUGGGCUCCCACCUGGACAAGUGCAUCAUCGCGGGCCUGGGGCUGCUCACGGUGGGCGGCAUGCUCUUGUCGGUGCUGCUGAUGGUCUCCCUGUGCAAGGGCGAGUUGUACCGCCGGCCCACCUUCGUCCCCGGCAGGGGCUCCAGGAAGACCUAUGGCUCCAUUAACCUGCGCAUGAGACAGCUCAAUGGGGACGGGGGCCAGGCUCUGGUGGAGAACGAAGUUGUCCAGGUCUCAGAGACCAGCCACACCCUCCAGGGGUCUUAAGUAAGAGCCCACCCAAUCUGGCUGCUUUAGCUGCAGGGCCACAGGCCCCCAAGGCCUGGGGUUUCAGACGGAGCUGCACAGAGGGCCCUGUGGAAGCAGUCUUGGAUGCUGAAGGGGCAGCCCGGGGCCUGGCCCAGUCUCCCUUUGGGAGAACAGCCCCCUGAUCUGUUUUGUAGCCUGAGGUUUUGCACAAGGUUUUGUUUGAAGGAUGGCUUCUGCUGCUAAAAAUACAAAAGUUUGGAAACUGCU